UGAAAUUUUGUGCGGGCAGUUUUUAAUCCAAACAAGGAAAGAAAAAAACAAAAAGGAAGGAUUUUUAUUUUUGAUUUUUUACCGUAAAGAGGAGGAGAGUAAAACAGAGACAGUGACGAUAUACAAGAAUCAUCAUCAUUCCCAAUAAUUCUCACCAACAAAUCAAAUCCUUUCUUCCGAUUUCAAUCUCAUGGCGGCGGAAUCAGCCAGAAGAAACUCAUCUCCGCCGUCUACCUCUCAGUCAUGGUCAAGCCCUAUAACCAGUUUACACGAUGACCAUCUCUCAACCAUCUUGCUUCUUCUUCCCGUAGAUUCAAUCCUCUCUUUCUCAAUGACCUGCAAGAGAUACAAGUCUCUAGCUUGUUCCGACAGUCUCUGGGAAGCUCUCUGUGAACGAGAAUGGGGCUCACAGUCUCUGGAUGCUUUAAAGUUGUCAUCUUUACGAGAUGGGUUUUCGUGGAUGAUGAUGUUUCAGCGAGUUUAUAAGAUGGAUUCUGUUUGCUGUCACAAGAUCUCUGACCCAGAUGAUGAUGAUGUGGAGUCUUCUUCUUUUCCGAUCCCUAGAGCUUCUCAUUCUCUCAACUUCGUUAAUGAUCAUCUUGUUCUCUUUGGUGGUGGUUGUCAAGGAGGACGUCAUCUUGAUGAUACAUGGACAUCAUAUGUUGAUAAGAGCAAUCAAAAGAUAUUGAAAUGGAAGAAAGUUGAAUCAGGGACUCCAAGUGGAAGAUUUGGACACACCUGCAUUGUUAUAGGCGAGUAUCUACUCUUAUUUGGUGGAAUAAACGACCGUGGAGAGCGGCUCAAUGAUACAUGGAUUGGUCAAGUCUUUUGCCAUGAGGGACUCUCUUGGAAACUCCUCGAUGUUGGACCUUCGCAACGGCCUCGUCCUCCUCCUCGUGGUGCUCAUUCCGCUUGUUGUAUUGCAGAGACGAAGAUGGUUGUACAUGGAGGAAUCGGGUUGAACGGAGUCAGGCUUGGAGAUGCAUGGAUUCUGGAACUUUCUGAAGAUUUCACAUCUGGGACAUGGCACAUGGUGGAGUCUCGACAAUCACCGCCACCGCGCUCAGGACAUACUUUGACUUGCAUUAGAGAAAACCAAGUGGUUCUGUUUGGAGGCAGAGGAUUAGGAUAUGAUGUGCUUGAUGAUGUUUGGAUCUUGGAUAUUCAAGAACUGUGUGAAGAAAAAUGGAUACAGAUCUUCUACGAUUUCCGGGAUGUCCCUGAAUAUGCAUCAUUGCCUCGGGUUGGUCACUCAGCGACUCUUGUAUUGGGAGGUCGGAUCUUGAUUUACGGGGGUGAAGAUUCUUAUAGGCAUAGGAAAGAUGAUUUCUGGGUGUUGGAUGUUAAAACCAUUCCUUCUUCAGGUUUGCAACCACAAGGAGUUAGUUUAAACGGAUCUUCUGUGUGGAGAAAGCUUGACCGAAUCUCAUAUGGACCAAAAAGUAGGUCUUUUCACCGUGCCUGUGCUGAUCUUUCAGGGAGAUUUGUAUACGUGUUUGGUGGAAUGGUUGAUGGUCUUCUUCAGCCUGCAGCAUCGUCUGGUCUAAGGUUUGACGGAGAGCUUUUCAUGGUGGAGCUUGUUCUUGGCUUCUCUGAUCUAGACAAUCAACAAAGACCUGGAAAAUGCAUAUAAUAGCAUCAUCAGGUGGUUCUUUUUUUUGUAAAUUAGCAGGUUGUGUAAAAUUGUAUUGAUAAACCAGAAAUGGAAUUACAUCAUUACAAACUCUCUGAUUAAAGAGAAACACAUAAAGCUGUGUUUUCAAAUUGUAACUUUUAUAUAUAGAUUCUGAUUCAGUUUACAAUAUACAAAUUACUAUGACAGGGGAUGUAAAUAUGUAAUGUAAUGACUUGUUUUUAAAUUAGGCUCAAAGAAUGCAGAAUAUUGUGAUC